AUAUCUUCCACUCUGGAUACAAGUGGAGAAAAUAAUUCUCUAAGUCAGAAAGAAUCUGGUCCUAGUUAGUUCAGCAAUUUGUGCUGGUUUUUAAAUCUUCUAAGUAGCAAUACAGGCUGUGCAAAAAUUCACUGCUGCUUUUAACAGCAGCAACUGCAAGAUGGUACGUGAACAGUAUACUACAACAACACCAGGUACUAAUCUACAGAGACCAGAAACUGAGUAUGUCUACAAUGUUGGCAUCUAUGGCUGGAGAAAGCGUUGCCUUUACCUAUUUGUCCUCCUCCUGAUCAUCCUCUUAGUUGUGAAUCUUGCUUUGACAAUUUGGAUUCUUAAAGUGAUGUGGUUUUCUCCAACUGGAAUGGGAUACCUAGAAGUUCAAAGUGAGGGGCUUCGUCUAGAAGGGGAGUCAGAAUUUUUAUAUCCUUUAUAUGCCAGAGAAGUUCACUCUAGACAGGACUCAUCGCUAUUAUUACAAUCUACCCAUAAUGUGACUUUAAACGCACGCAAUAGUGAUGGGAACGUCACAGGCAGAUUAAGUGUAGGUCCUGACAUGGUACAAUUCGAUGGUCAGGAAUUUCAGAUCAACUCUAUGGAUGGAAACCCUCUUUUUACUGUGGAUGAAAAUGAAGUUAUAGUUGGUCCAGAUAAACUUCGAGUAACAGGGCCAGAAGGAGCUCUUUGCGAACAUUCUAUAGAAACACCCCUUAUCAAAGGUAUUAAAGAUGCAAAAGGUGAUAAAGAGCUAAGACUUGAAUCACCAACUCGGUCUCUCAGCAUGGAUGCUCCGCGAGGGAUUCACAUUAAAGCCCAAAAUGGAGCUUUUAAGGCUGUUUCUCUUUUGGAUAUCAAGCUUCACAGUAGCAAUGGCGUGCUUAGGCUUGAUGCCGAAACUUUACGAUUGUCCAAAUUGCCUGCAGGAACAACCGGAGAAUCUGGCGAAUCUCAAGGACUCUAUGAAGUCUGCGUUUGCCAAGAUGGAAAGCUCUACUUAACAGAGGCUGCUAAGGACUCUAAUUGCGUAAAAUAUAGUCGUGAUUGUCAAUAAAGCACCCUGAACAUA